AUGUCAAGAUACCCUCCCCCAGACUACCGGGGGGCACGGGAGCGCUCACGCAGCCCACCUCAUUUCUCCGACCGUCCGCCACGCAGUGCUUCGGAUGCUCCCCGCGGGCCACGCUCGCAGUAUGACAGUGCGCGGCCAUUGCCACCUGGAGCUCCUCCCCCGGGAGCGGGGCGUCCGCCAUUCACUUCGUUGAGGGAUGCCCCGCCUUUGGGCAGUGAUCGUGGGAGACCCUACCGCGAGCGCGACUAUGACCGACGCGACAGAUUGCCUUCGCCACGUGAUAGGUCGCCGAGGAUACCACCACCAAGAGAUCUGGACAUCGCCAGGCAGCGACGGAACUCUCGAGAUGGUCCACCACCCGGAUCUUCAUAUCCAGACUCUCAGCCGCCUUCAGCGGGACCUUUUCGCGGCGGCUUUGCGCGGGGUCGUGGGCGUGGCGAGUUUUCAUUCCGGGGUGGCAGAGGCGGACGUGGCGGCUAUGAAGAGCGCGGUGGACGCGGCGGGUUUGAUGAUCGAGGUGGGCGAAAUGCCUUUGAAGACCGAGAACUUAUAAGACGGCCCGAGCGUUCGCCACCUCGACCAUGGGCGCGAGACUUAUCACGAGAUAGCCGGGACACUGAACGUCGAGAUGAGCGCAGACCCUUUGAGCGACGCGAAGACGAAAGAAGACCAGAGUGGCAGGACAGAGAACGCGACUUUGAGCGGCCUCGACGGGACCCCCUACCACCGCCAAGACUGGAAGCCCGAAACUCCAACGACUCCGUUAGGUCAGCAAACGCCGCUUUCCAGACUUCACAGGCGUCGAGCAUCAAUCCUGACCGACUCGCUCUUAUCGAGGGCGCAGGUGUGGAUAUUCCAGCACGUCGCCAGUCUACUCAGCAAGAACCUGCUGUUCCUCCUCCUCCACCACAAGCACGUGACGUCAAGCGUGAUGCGCCAGAGACGCCAGCCUAUCUUAACAGCAGGGCUGCGACGACUGCACAGCGUUAUGGCACGCGUGGGUCGUCUUCGCCGCAGCAAGCACCGCCUGUGCCUGCUUUUACGUUGUCUUUCGCAGCACCCGCUGCCUCUUCGGCGCCCUCUAGUCAGCCCCCCCGAUCCCAGCCGGGCAUCAAAGGUGUUCAGGACUCCAGUCAAGCGAUCUCCCGCCCUGGAUCUAAUGGUGAGCCUCCUCAGUCGUCUCCUGCUGAGCCUCGCUCUGCGCCACCAGCGGAUGCUCCAAUCGCACCACGGGUACCUCCACCAGCUCCGAAGGCACAUCUUACGAACCCGCCACCAGCAGCGCCACGAGGACCACGAGCGCAGGAUGGAGAUGAUGCAAAUGCGCCGAACCGCUUGCAUCCUGUCAGAUCACUGGAAAGCGUCUCAAGCCAAGGCCAACCGCCGCAGCCUCCAGCAGCUCCACUGUCGAGACCAGGCCAAGCCUUACCCGCACCACAACCCACUGCUCCAUCCACCCUACCUACACUCAACCAGCCUGUGACACCUCAUAUCCCAAAUCCAUCUCGUCUUGGUGACUUCGGACCGCCGACAGGCCCUCGCGCCUCUCGCCCUUCGCCGGCAGCGCAAAGCUCGGUGUCUCCUAGACCGCCAUUUGCUUCGCCCAGAUCCGACUUUGGUGCGCCUGCUGGACCUAGCAGCCUGCCAAGAACAUCCACGCCUCCACCCACGGCACCCACCGGGCCUCGUGGCAAAGCAUACAGCGUCUCACCAAAAGCUGCACCGCCCACUGCACCGAAAGGCCAACGAGGCCCGCCUGUCGCGCCUCGGGGGCAAGAUCGAGUGUCGAUUUCCGCUUCGCGUGUCACCGACAGGCUUGCUGCGCCGAUGCCAUGGGGUGCUCCGACUGCUCCUCGAGGUCCGCAGUGGAAUCAGUGGAAGCGUCCGGGUGUUCCUGGGUAUGGCGAUAAGGUCGUCCCGGCGAAGCGGGAUGUCACUGGUGAGGAGAAGGCUAAGGCCGAGGAGCCUGGUGCUGCUUCAGCGGCAAAGGUCGACGAUGCAGCUUUAGCCUCGCCAGCUGCAUCUUCAGUCAGAGUCCAGCGGGCCAACGCAGACGAGAUGGAGGUUGACCAGCCCCCAAAGCGCCAGUCUUCGCUCGCAUCGAACCACGGCCACGGCCACUCUGCAGCCCAGUCCUUCUUCGGCAAGCCAGUUGAGAGCGUCGAGGAGGAUGACAACGACACAGGCAUGUCGGAGGCAGGUCAAGAGGUACCGUCUUCGUCUGACGACGAUGAGUCCGAUAUCGAAGACGAAAGCUUGACAUUGUUCCAUGCUAAAUUUGAGCGACAGAAACGGCAGCUCGAGGCCCAGAUGACGGAUCUGCGGCAGUCGCCUUAUCGGGCCAUGAGCCCGCUGGAGUCUAUCUCGAGGCUCGUUAGGAUUUCUGGGAGGGAUUUGCAGAGGGUUAAUGAGAUCAGGGAGAGGGAGAUGGAGGUUGAUGAUUCGCCUGUUGUGCAGAAUCAGCAGUUGCUGCCGGGCUCGACGAGGUCUUCGGAUAGUGCUGAUGGGCCUGCUUUGCUUACGCCGAAGGGCGAGGAGGAUCAUGCUGUUGCCAUACGGAGCAGUAAUGACUCUGCUGAGAGCGUGCGUCGGAUUCGUAGACCAAGUCCAGAGCCGAUCUCGCUUCCGUAUCUUCUCAAGGAAGGACGGCAUUCACUGCAUGACAGCAAGAUGUUCGAGGAUCGGCGAAAAGAGUAUCUGGAGGCCGAGGAAGAUCUGAUGGAUGCGCUGGAGGACCGGGACUCGGGAGAGCAGGAAGAGCAGGAAGACGCACAGCAACUCUUCUCAGAAGCGUUUCUCAAGUGGCGAGAAGAAUGCGAGGAUCUUGAUAGGGAGAGGGAAGAGCUAGAGAGGCUGGAACGACAACAGUCAGUCGAGCCAAGAAUGGAGGCCGACGGCCCCAAGCCACCUAUGAUGCCCACAGAAGGCAGCCGACGACAACGACAGUACAACAGCGAGUACGAGCUUCAGCAGGCGCUCAAGGAGUCGGAAGAGACUGCACGCCUGGAGGAGGAGCGCAAAGAACGCGAGACCCGAAAGAACCAGGCCGACAUGGAGAAGGAGGCUGUCGUGGGAGAUCAAAUGACUGAUGAUAUCAUAAGACGUGGUACCUUCGUGGACACGAACCGCUACCGUGAUCCGGAAGCCCUUACUAUGGUCUUCUCGUACGAUCCCGCGCCGGACAACUUCACCGAGAACGAGCAGCAGAUCUUCGUCGCCGCUUUCAAGGAGACGCCGAAGAAAUGGGGCGAGAUUGCUUCGCUGCUCCCUGGUCGCACAUACGAGGACUGCAUCCGCCACUACUACGCGAAGAAGUGGGAUGCACGGUUCCGAGACAGCAGGACGAAGAAACUGAAGCAUGGCGCUAAGCGCGGCAGAGGUUCUACGCGAGGUGCGCGCGGUCGUUUGGGAGGCUUGAUGGCUGACUUGGCGCGAGCAGAGGAUAUCUCCAUCGACGCCAUGUCGGAGAAGGGUAGGCCGAGGCGGGCUGCCGCCCCGACUAAUUUCGCUGAGAAGGAGAUUGAGUCGAAAGCGGCGCUUUUGGGUCAGUCGCCUGCGAAGAAGCUUGGUCUCGGUGGGAAGGCGGAGUCGAAUGGCGACGCGGGGUCCGAGAAGAGUGUCAAGAAGCAGAAGCGGACUGGGGAGAAGGCUGGGAGGGGGAAGGGGAAGGCUGCGCAGCCGCUGCUUGCUGCUGCGCCGCAAGGGUCGCCUGCGAAGCAGUUCUUGCAGAGGGAAGAGCAGGCGCAGCAGCAGAAGCUGGAAGAGGCUGGUCUUCUCGCCGGUCUGCAAGCGGGGCGUCAGACGAUGCAUCCGGAGGUGCAGAUGAUGUACAAUCAAGAGCGCUUCCUGCAGCCCAUGGCGGCGCCAGAGGAGCCAGAUCGAUCCAAGCCAGCUGGCCAAGGUCCGACGGCGAAGCAGAGUGCUUCGAGCUACUGGUCUGUCCCUGAGCAGCACGACUUUCAAUUGUACAUCGCACACUUUGGUCGCGACUUCGCUGCCAUUGCUGCGCACAUGGGCACCAAGACGCAGACGAUGAUUAAGAACCACUACCAGCGCCAGGUCGACAGUGGGAAUAAGCCUGAGCUGGAGAGGUCGGCUAUUGAGGCGGAACAGCGGAUCAAUCGCGGCGAAGACCUUGGUCCGCCGCCCACACCGACGCCGAUCACGAAGCGGAAGUACGAUACUGUGCCGUCGAAUGCGCAACAGCGCCCAUUGGCGCCGCAGGGCGAGGCUAUGGAGGUUGAUGAGCGCGGACCGGCUGCGAGGGUGCAGCAGGUGCCGAAGCAUGCGUCGCCGCCGCAGUAUCAGCCGCAACCUCGCAUGACUACGUCGACGCAGAACACGCCUGUUCCUGCUGUAGCACGGGUGGUGCCGAGUCCGCCGGUGUCUACGUCAGCGCCCGGGCAGCAGCAGAUCGCGGCGGCUUCUCGCAUGGGCCAGGGCUUGCAGCAUCCGCUUGGACAUCGACUGACGUUCAUGUCUGAUACUCGGGCUGAGCCGCGACCGCCGCAACCGCAGCAGCCUGGGUUUGCUUUGCGUGCUGCUGAGGAUCCUAGUUCCAGGCCGCCUUCUCAGCAGACUUCGCGUGUGACGGUCACGUCGGACGUUAUGGAAAGGAUCAGGGAGGAGCAACAGCGUGCUUUCAGACUGCAGCAGCAGGAACAACAGCAACCGCCUCAACCGGAGCGGAUGGAGCAACUUCAUCGACAGAACCUCAUGCCGCGGAACUUGUCUCAGGGCUCGCCGCUCAACCAGCCAUUGAGCCAGCCGCCAAUGCAGCAAACCGAGCGGAAAUCCGCGAACGAGGAACGACCGCCUUCGCCACAGAGACCUGGUUUCUUGAGCUCUGGGUUCGCACGACCUUCGAUCGGCUCCUCAGGCUUCAGCUCGUUCGCUUCGAACAAGCCGUUCGCUUCGCUGACAGGUCGGUCGCCAUUCAGCUUCUCACCUACGAAGAGAGAGGAGCCGCGUCCGGCGCCGAUGUCCAUGAUUCCGCCUGCGAACACCACGUCUAAUACCCCGGCUCCGCCCGAACCGCCGAAGCGCUCGAACGUCAUGUCGCUUCUCAACAACGACGAUGACCCUCCGCCUCCGAAGCGCGACAAUCCGCCACCGCAGCAACAGCAGCCACAGCGCACGGCUUCGCCUGCGUCACAACAAAACGUCCAGUCUGCUGGCUCGAGUAUACCUGGUAUGCGACGGGAGACGUCUUUCGGUCAAUCUUCGAUGCAAGGGCAGUUAGGUCGUGGACCCUUCGGUCAGCCGAAUCGGAACCCGACGCCUGGACCUCCUACGCCGAAGAAUGAGCCAGGGCCGCCGAAGCCGGAUUGGACUUCUCGCAUCUUGGGACCGAGCAGUAGUCACGGAGCGGGCAAUCCGGGUAUGGAUCGCGAUCGGGGUUUCUUCCAGCAUGGGCAUCGCAGUUCUCUGCUUGGGUCGUUGAAUCAGCAGAGAGGUAAUCCUUCGCCUCCGCCGCCGCUGGGGGGGAUUGGGCAUUCGAGAACACCUUCCUUGACUGGGCAGUCGAGCCAGCAAGCGCACGAUCAGGCAAGACAGUCGAUGAUGGGUCAGCAGCAACAAGGACCUUCACAUCAACCCGCGCAAGCAUUACAGUCGAACCCCUACGGCGCCCAGCAAAUGCCGCCUUUCUCCCAACCCCCGCCAAGUCAAGCACAGAACCAAGCCCACCACUCCCACAACGGCUCCAUGGGCGGCCCCUUCCCCUCCCUGCAUCAUAGAGGUAUGAGUCGGGAGGAUCAAUCGUACGAGCAAUACCGUCAAGACCAGCAACACCAUCUCGCCCAACGUGAUCGCGAAGAGCGCGAGAUCCGCGAGAUGCGCUGGCGGCAGCAGGAGCUGGAACGUCGGCACGAGGACGAGCGGCAGCAGCAACAGCAUUUCGCCGCGCAGCAACAACAACAACAGCGGCAGCAAAUGGAACAGCAACAGCAACAACAAGCGAUGCAACACCAUCGCCCACCACAACCCCUCCAACCCCCAACCUUCGGCGGAACCCCCUUCAUCCCCUCCGCUUCCGCCUCCGGCGGAGGCCGACUCGAUUUACGGAGACAAAGCCAAAUGGACGGCGAAAUGGCCAUGCGCGAAGAGGUAGAGCGUUUGGGGCUGGAGAGGGAGAGGAGGAGGUUGCAGGAGGAGGAGGUCGGGAGGCGGAGGGAGGAGGGGAGGAGGAUGGAGGAGGAGUUUCGGAGGAGGGAGGCGGAGGGGAUGGGGGGUUGGAGGAGGACGCCGUUGGGGGGUUUUGGGGGGCAGGGUCAAGGGCCUCAGGGACAGGGGGGAGGGAGGAGGUAG